UGGUGUGGUUCCUGAGGAAAGUUUAGGUCUAACGUAUUAUGGUUAAGACCAGAAAGCAAGGCUAUGAAAUGAAAUAAAAUAAAUGCCAUAUUUGCACUUCACUUACUAAUGUCGUAAAUUAAACCUAGGUAUUCAAGAUGUCUAUUCUAUUUUAUAACUUUGUUUAAUUAUUCUACAUGACUAGAGUCACGACAAGUUUAAAUGCUUCGAGUAAACACCAUUUAAAAAGUUCAUAAUACCUAUGAGGAAUUGUAAUUUUUACCUAAUAAAUGGUAUUGUUUUCCUUCUAGUCAGUGUUAUCUGAAUAAAAAAUGAGAAAACUGGCAACAUUAGCAUAGAUUGCAUGAGUACCCUUCAAUGCAAAAAAUAAAUUAUAAUGUUAUACUUAUGAAGUUAAUUACACUAAACCGUUACUAUACUAAUACUGUGGUGUGAAUGACUGCUGUCAAGUUGCUGCUUUUAACGUAAAUCAUAGUUAUCUUGGAUUUUGCAUCAUAUUUAAUUUACUUACGUAAAGUGUAUACAUUUUAAAUUACCGGUCAAAUAAUGGAAAUAAAAUCAUUAGUUCCUUCCCGUUCUUGCAACUCACCUUUUAGUUUUCUAAAGGGUUUGUUCGAUGGAAAUGGCGGUUCGCUCGGCAACCGACGCAGUAAACAAGACGCUCUAGAAGCUGUCAAACUGGAUCCUGCCGUGCUAGAAGCACAGGUGACGGUGCAUUCGAAUGACAGAACUGUCAAUGCCGCGGAUACGAGGCCCGAAGUCGUUCCUAAGAUCAAUAAAGUUGCUAAGCCGUUUAAAUUAGAGCCGACACCACCACAGUGCCCGAAAGAGAAAACUUUUGAAAAUAUGGUGAAGCAGCAUGAAGCAGCACUCCUAUCUUUGACUCCUCAACAACUGGAACUCCUGAUGAAGUAUGCUGAUGUCCUUCGCAGGCAGAGGAUGAUCACUCAAAAAUAUUUGGAGUGUGCAUUUUGUAAGAACAAUGGGAAGUCAUCAGAUUGGUACACAUCGCACGCAUUGAAGGAUGUUCGUGGCAGAGUGUUGUGUCCAAUUUUGCGAAAGUACCACUGCCCUCGCUGCGGCGCUACUGGUGAUCAGGCCCACACCAUUAAGUACUGCCCGGAUUUAGUUUUAGACUCACAAAGCAUCAGUUCUGGAAAAUCUUCAUGUUAAAAUAAUAGUUUUGACAAUAUAAGGUUUUUAAAAAAAAAUGUUUUUAGUAUUUCGCUUUAAGACUCCUUGUUUAAAACCCUUAUUAUUUAUGCAUGCUUUGAAAGGUAAGUUAACGCUUAUCGGGACAUUAUGUGAAACUCAUAG